CCUCGGAUUCACAAUAUGACAUCCUCUUCAACACCAUUAGGUGAAGCAUCAACUACAGCCAAAUUCGAGAGCCCUUUUAAGCACUGGAGAAAGAUACCGAUUAGUUUGGGUGAAGAGGAAGAAGAGGAAAAGCAAGAGCAGCAAGAAGGCGAAGAGCCGUCUGAUAGAGCUGGUGCAAAAGAUGAAGUAGAUCAAGGUGAUAAGUCAGACUUCGAUCAAGCUGCGAAUGAUCUCGAGUUAGAGCUCUUUUACCGAACGUUAGCACAAAGAGUUCGUAGUAGCUCACCCAUGAUGAAUGGAAAUGGAUCGCCAUCCGCUAGAAACAAGUGGCGAAAGAACGAGAACCACCCAGGCAGUUCCCGCAAACGACUUUUACUAGGAUUAAGGCUUCCCCUAAUCCAUCUCUCAUGAUGCAUCCUAGGGAGGCUUUU